UACGAGGAAACCCCGCCCCCCCAUGCUAGUUAAAGGACUCAUAGAGGCGUGUGGGUUUUGUUUUGCUCAGAGAGAGAGAAAGAAAGAAAGAAAGAAAGAAGAAAGAAAGAAAGAAAGAAAGAGAGGAAAGAGAGAUCUUUGAGAUGAUCUUCAGCAAGGUGAAGAAGUUCCUGGUGGAGUUCGACUCCCGCGAUGCCCCCUGCCCGCCCCUGUUCCACAGCGGGGACGUGGUGUGCGGACGCGUCGUGCUCGAGCUCGGCGCUGAAACGAAAGUGGACUCGGUGAAGCUCCACGCUGAGGGAUACGCGAAAGUGCACUGGACCGAAUCCCGGAGCGCAGGUUCCAGCACGGCUUACACACAGAACUACAGCGACGAGGUGGAGUACCUGAACCGGAGAGAGGUUCUCCUGCAGGCAGAUAACGGAGAGAUGACGACCCUUCCUGCAGGAAGACACGAGUUCCCCUUCAGCUUCCAGCUCCCUGAAGAGACGCUCGUGACUUCGUUCGAAGGCAAACACGGCAGCAUCCGGUACUGGGUCAAGGUGAAGCUGCACAGACCCUGGGCUCCUGUGAAGAAGAUCAAGAAAGAGUUUACGGUUAUCGAGCCCAUCGACAUCAACACGCCGUCCCUACUGGCACCUCAGGCAGGAACUAAAGAGAAGAUGGCUCGUCUGUGGUACCACAACUUCGGGCAAGUGUCCGUCACGGCGAAGAUCGACCGCAAAGGCUACACACCAGGCGAGGUGAUUCCGGUCUUUGCCGAAUUCUAUAACGCCACUUCCCGAUCCGUGGUGCCGAAAGCGUACAUCACGCAGACUCAGACCUUCAUCGCGAGGGGCACCAUGAAGCAGAAGCAGGCCGUCGUGGCCACGCUGUGCGGAGACGUAGUGGAAGCACGGCGCCGAGAGACCUGGCACGGGCGCGCCAUCAAAAUCCCUCCGGUCGGUCCGUCCAUCCUCCAGUGCCGCAUCAUCAAAGUGGAGUACACGCUCAGGGUGUGUGUGGACAUUCCUGGCACCUCCAAACUGUGUCUGGAGCUUCCGCUGGUCAUGGGGACCAUCCCUCUGCAUCCGUUCGGCAGCCGGACCUCCAGCGUCAGCAGCCAGUACAGUCUGAACCUGGAGUGGUUCCGCAUGACCGUUCCUGAGCAGCGUGAAGCUCCUCCUGAUUACAGCUCCAUCAUCACAGACGAGGAGGCAGAGCAGAAUUCUGCAGCCCCCCGUAUCGAGGAGGACCUCAGCGCUGUUCUGGAGCGCCCUUUCAUGGCGUACGUGCAGGAGUUCCGCUUCAGACCACCACCAGUAUACAGCGAGGUGGACCCGAAUCCAGAACCAGUCAACAUCAGACGACGCUGCAUGACAUGUUGAAGAUCACGCCGAGCAUCACGUGGUGUGUGAUGUCAUGAUUUGAAACGAAGCAGAGAUUUGCUUUCUGCCAGGGGCUCUGGAUGUCUGAGACCCGCGCGCGCUGCUGCUCAUCGAGCUCAUCGCUUUGUGAUGAUACACGUGAUCACGCCGGUUUCGGACGAGACCGAGGAACCGUCUGGACUGACGCUCGGACGGAUCCGCAAGUUAUCUUUUAAGAAAGAAGUGCAAGACGGACAGAUUUUUCCGCUCGUGUAUCUGUCUUUAAUCCGUCUCUGAGUAGACUUCGGUCAGCGCCCGCUAAUGACUAACAACCUCUCAAGCUUAUUUUUCUGUGUUAUGGAGGCGGCUGGACUGAGGACCGUUCGCCUUGUUUAGUUUUUUCUUCUCGAGAAUAACGCCUAACCACACGUGUGCGUGUUUUUAUUUAGUAAAAAUCAGCACCGGUGCCACUCCAUAUCCUGUAAUCAACACCUGCUAGCUGGAGCGAGAACGCAGUGGAAGUGCUGUUUCUCCUUUUGUGUGUCCUCCAUCGAGAACAUAACGUGAAGAUGUUUCUGGUGUUUGUUGUAUGCGGGUAAAGAUAAAAAGUGUGCAGGUUCAGACCUGACAUAAUCUGCACGUGUAAUAAAAGGAUUCAGAUCAAUAUUUCAUGGAGAUCCUGGAGGCAGGAUGGUUUUUCUGAGUAGUAGGAACCUGCCCAUGUGAUGAUGAUGAUGAUGAUGAUGAUGAUCGUGCCGUCGACACGGAAACGAUUGUAAAUGUUGAAGGCUUUAACGCGAUUGUAACUUGGUGCUUUCUGUGUUUUUUCCGCCGGUGGUUCGUUGACCACCGCAGCGCCUGUAGCAGGCACACAGCUGGAUAACGAGCCAUGAUGGGUCACGGCGCCUUUACGUUUGUGUUGUUGUUGAAAACGGCAGCGCAACAAAGCGAGUGCAGGGAUUUUACACAUGACGAUGCGUUCAGCCUUAAACUCGUUCUACCACUCUGAAGUGUACUUAACAUUCCAAAGAUGCUAAUUAAAUUCCAAAUAGUGAAAAAACAUCAGGUAAUAAUAACAUGUUGAAUGUACUGUUUAUGGCACUCAUGGAAAAUAAAUGAAUGUAUUUUAUAGGUUUUUUUCUUUUCAUGUCAAAAGUAUAUUUUCUUAAUUGUUUUCUAAUAAAAAGUGAAACCAA